UAACUCUGACCCUAACUCUGACCCUAACUCUGACCCUAACUCUGACCCUAACUCUGACCCUAACUCUGACCCUAACUCUAUUUGUAUGAGAUACUUUGGCUCCGUCAAACUCUUUAUCGUUUGUUAGCUGAGGCAGAUGCUACAAAGAACAGGCUAAAUAGAAACUAGCAUUUUUAGCUAAACAAAACAAUAUGCUCAGUAGCAGAAGCUAACUAAGGUGAAGUGAAGUUGUCAACAGUCACUGGUGAUAAAUAUGUUGCUAAACUGAAGCUACUUUGUGUUGAGAAGAUGCUACAAGUUAGCUGACGAAGAGUUCUUUUUGACUUUGCCACGCUAAUGCUACCGAAUAGUUGCUAAUUUAAGGCUAGUUUUUGUCAAGUACUGCUGUUGAUAACUAUUGCUAAACCGUAGUCUAAAGCGCUAAUGACUGUGUUAGUUGUAAGCUAAGCUAAGCUGAGCUAAGCUAACCCUAUUAGAGUGUAAGACCAGUGCCAUUCUGCUGUAGUGGACGGUGGUUUGACUCCUUCAAUAGUUGCUGUUAGCUGUUAGCUGUUAGCAUGUACAGACUUCAGCUGUGUGUGACUGUAGUUCUGUUCUCUGUCCAGAUGGAGGCGAAUGCUGCUGAAAAACGCCAUCGAACGCGGUCCAAAGGAGUCAGAGCUGCUGUGGAGGCCGUGGCUCAGGAGCUGUUCAGUUGUCCGACUCCAGGCUGUGAUGGCAGCGGCCACGUCAGCGGCAAAUACGCCAGACACCGCAGUGUCUACGGCUGCCCUCUGGCCAAGAAAAGGAAGGCUCUGGAGAAACAGCCACUGGAGCCCGCUGCCAAGAGGAGGUCCUUCCUCACCUCCUGCCCUGGGGGGGAGGAGGAGGAGGAGGAGGAGGAAGAAGCCAGUAUCUACACCAGCUACGAGAACCAAGGCAUGGAGGUGGAGAAGGAGCAAAGAGGGGUAGCAGAGGAGGAGGAAGAGGAGGAGGAGGAAGACAGGGAGGCGGAGGAUGAGUUCUCAGAGGAGCAGGGAGAUGAGGAGGAAGAAGAGGAGGAGGAGGAGGAGGUGGAAAGAGCAGGUGAAACAAGAGGAGCUCAAGCAGAGGAGGCGGAGGAGGGGGAUGACGAAGAAGAUGAUCAGGAGGAUGAUGGAGAAGAGGAGGAGGAGGAGGAGGAGGAGGAGGAGGAGAACCAGGAGGACCAUUACAAACCCAGCGGCCAAUCAAAGCUCACUCCAGUCCAGAGGGACGACAACAACAACAACAACAACAACAACGGCUGCACCAUCGGUACUGCCAACAGUACCGGAGAGGAGUAUGAGAACUACGACGAACUGGUGGCUAAGUCGCUCCUCAACCUGGGAAAGAUCGCAGAAGACGCCGCGUACCAGGCCAUGACGGAGUCCGAGAUGAACAGCAACUCCUCCAACAGCGGCGGAGAGGAGGACGAGGACGAGGAGGACGAGGACGAGGAGGAGGAGGAGGAGGAGGAGGAUGGCAGCGAGCGUGGGGACAGGAAAGGAGAACUCAGCGUGGACCUGGACAGUGACGUGGUCAGGGAGACGGUGGACUCCCUGAAGCUCCUGGCCCAGGGUCACGGUGUCAUGCUGCCGGAGGACGGCUACCCCGAGGGCGGGUUGGUGGACGAUGGCGGCCGCCUCAACGGGCAGAUGAGGAUUCAGGCGGAGGAGAGCGAGGAGGAGGUGUGUCUCAGCAGUCUGGAGUGUCUGAGGAACCAGUGCUUCGAUCUGGCCCGCAAACUCAGUGAGACCCAGCCGUCGGAUCGCCCAGUCCUUCACGCGCUCCACCAGCAUCUCCAGAACCCAUCAGACCAUCAGGUGGCACACCACCUCAGCAGAUAUGAGAGCUGCCAGCAGAUGGCGGCAGAGGAUCCCAGGUCCCUGGAUCGCAAUUAUUCAGACAUGGUGAACCUGAUGAAGUUGGAGGAGCAGCUGAGCCCAGCGUCCCGGGGCUACCCCGGCAGCUGUGGACAGGAGGGCGACGAGGACACCACCUCUGUGGCCUCCGACCGCUCGGACGAGGCCUUCGACAUGGCCAAGGGAAACCUGACGCUGCUGGAGAAGGCCAUCGCGCUGGAGUCAGAGAGGGCAAAGGUCAUGAGGGAUCGGAUGGCCUCCGAACACUCGCUGCCUCGAAGGCACCUGGGCGAGCACAGCCCCAGGCUGAGCAGCGGCGCUGAGGAGCGCAGGUCCAGGAUGCACCACGAGGGGCUGAAGAGGGUCUACUACCCUAAAGAUCUGUCCAAAGGAGAGAAGAAGGAGAGCAAGUGUCCAACACCGGGCUGCGACGGAACGGGUCACGUGACGGGUCUGUACCCACACCACCGCAGUCUGUCUGGGUGUCCACACAAAGACCGAGUCCCUCCUGAAAUCCUUGCCAUGUAUGAAAAUGUUUUAAAGUGUCCUACUCCCGGCUGCUCCGGACGGGGACAUGUCAAUAGCAACAGGAACUCACACCGCAGUCUGUCCGGCUGUCCAAUCGCUGCUGCAGAGAAAAUGGCAAAAGUCCACGAGAAGACUCACGUGAGCGACGGCGGUGGGAAGAACAGUCAGACGUCAGAUCGAGUCCUCAGACCCAUGUGUUUCGUCAAGCAGCUGGAGAUCCCUCAGUACGGCUACAAGAACAACGUUCCCACCACCACCCCGCGCUCCAACCUGGCCAAGGAGCUGGAGAAAUAUUCCAAGACCAGCUACGACUACGGCAGCUACGACGGCCAGCACAGCAGCUACGGCAGGAAGGCUCCCACCUCCAAGUCCCACCACGGACGAGACACGUCCCCCAAAGGGUUUGACGCGAAACGCUACUGCAAGACGUCCAGUCCCGCUAGCAGCACCACCAGCAGCUACGCCCCCAGCAGCAGCAGCAGCAGCCUGAGCUGUGGAGGAGCAGCAGGAGGCGGAGGCAGAGGAGGGGGAGGAGGCGGGGGAGGAGGCGGGGGCAGCAGCGCCAGCAGCACCUGCAGUAAGAGCAGCUUCGACUACACCCACGACAUGGAGGCCGCUCACAUGGCAGCCACCGCCAUUCUCAACCUGUCCACCAGGUGUCGUGAGCUCCCCCACACCCUGGGAGUCAAACAUCAGGAGCUAAUGACGCAGAGUCCAGGGGCAGAUCUGGAGGACGGCGGUGUGGUGGACGUGAGCGGGCAGCCCGGGGGUCCCGAGGGCAGUGGGACGGUGUUGACCCCCCUCCAGCCCAUGUCCCCUCAGCGUCAGGCCCUGCUCAGCAGCCGCUGCUACCAGCUGAGCGACACGGACUGCUGGGACCUGCCCGUGGACUACCCCAAAAUCAAGAGGCUGGGGGACGAGCCGGAGCACAAGGAGGGGGACGACCUGGACCCCUUCCAGGAGCUGCUGGACGACCAGUGUUACCCGGCCCAGGUGACCCUGCCCAGCCCCAAACACCACAAGUUCCCGCCCUGCAAGGAGGGCAAGAAGGAGCUCAUCACGUUGUCCAGUUGUCAGCUGACUGAUAAGAACAUCCGAGGUCUGAUGACGGCAAACUCACAGGAACUGAGGUGCCCGACCCCCGGGUGUGACGGCUCUGGACACAUCACGGGAAACUACGCCUCCCACAGGAGUCUGUCUGGUUGUCCUCGGGCCAAGAAGAGUGGAAUCAAAAUCAUCCACAAAGAAGACAAAGACGACCAGGAGCCAAUCAAGUGUCCAGUCCCAGGCUGUGAUGGACAGGGUCAUGUGACAGGAAAGUACGCGUCCCACCGUAGUGCGUCAGGCUGCCCCCUGGCAGCCAAGAGGCAGAAGGACAGCUUUGUCAACGGCUCCCAGUUUGUCUGGAAGUCUGGAAAGACGGACGGGAUGACCUGUCCGACCCCGGGCUGUGACGGGUCAGGACACGUCAGUGGAAGCUUCCUGACACAUCGGAGUCUCUCCGGUUGCUCCGGUUGCCCUCGCGCCACCUCGGCCAUGAAGAAGGCUCGUCUCAGCGGCGUGGAGAUGCUAACGAUCAAACAAAGGGCGAGUAAAGGCAUUGAAAACGAUGAGGAGAUCAAACAGUUGGACGAAGAAAUCAAAGACCUGAACGAGUCCAACCACCAGGUGGAGUCAGACAUGAUCAAACUGAGGACGCAGAUCACCACCAUGGAGACCAACCUGAAGUCCAUGGAGGAGGAAAACAAAGUCAUCGAACAGCAGAACGACUCUUUGCUGCACGAGCUAGCCAACCUGAGUCAGUCGCUAAUCAACAGCUUAGCUAACAUCCAGCUGCCGCACAUGGAGCCAAUGAACGAACAGAACUUUGACUCCUACGUGAACACGCUGACAGACAUGUACACCCAGCAGGACCAGUACCAGAGCCCGGAGAACAAGGCCCUGCUGGAGAACAUCAAACAGGCCGUUCAGGGCAUCCAGGUUUAGCUAACGGCUAAAAAGAAGAAGAAGAAGAAAAACACGACGACGAAGAAGAACAGCCUGGUUUGUUCUUCGUUUUGUUUUUUUGUUUUUUGCUGCUGAAAUCUUUUCCCCCUUCUUUUCUUUCUUCUCCUCCGCCUCCUCCGCCUCCUGCACCUCCUUCGCCUCCUGCACCUCCUCCAGGUUUUUAAACGUGUAAAUAACGACUAGCUCUGAUUUUCUGUUUCCGUCCUUUACAUUUUGUACAUUUUCAUACGACCUGUAAUAAUGUGACGUCCUGUCGACGGCUGCUGAUGUGAAUCCACUUCCUGUCGUCCACGUAGAUCUGUUCAUUUAUCUACAUUCAUGUCCAGAGACAAACCUGAGGGUCAUGGGCUCCACAGGUCCAACAAUCACUUGUAAAAAGGACGAAAAAAAAGGUGUCAAAGGAAGGAGUUUGUUUUCUUACAGAGGCUCUGUUUCCACCUAGUGGCUGGUUUGGUUAUGGCACACAGAGUGGGACUAGAAUCGGUGAGGUUUGUAACUGGUCCUUCAAACUGGUUCCUGAAUUUGGUCCAACAAAAACCCAGCGGAGAAACCACAGGCCUGAUGGUCUCGUCUUCUAGAACCUUCACUGAGGACGAGUGGGGAUUCACAGGAAGAACAACAAUCAAACAAACAAAAACAAAAACAUCCAAAGAUAGAACUGAGUCUGUUUUUAAUUCUACCUCCUCUGGAGGAGCCAACAGCACCUCCUGUGGACAAGUCGCUUCAUCAUCCCUUCAAAAACAGCAAUGCUACUCUGUUAGCAGCUAAUGUGGUGUGAGCAGUAUGUGUUAGCAGCUGUAUGUGUUAGCAGCUAACGUCUUAGCAGCUAACGUCUUAGCAGCUAAUGUAACCCUUGUUAUUGGGUAACUGCAGUGAGGAAACCCACAGUGAGGGCCAUAGGUUUGCAGGACAGCGCCCCCAGUGGAGUAGUUUGAAUGACAAUCGACAUUCAGAACCUGGUUUACAGUGUUCCCCCUCUGUAUCGCGGUUUUCUUUUUACUCCCAUGGUAUAACAGCACUUUUUAAAAAAAAUCUGAUUGAGCGAAAUCUUUGCGAAAUAUAGCAAAAAACUGAACUAAAAGACAGAAAAUAAUUAUACACACGAAAACAUGAUGGAUGAAAUGAAGGUUUUAAAAUUGAGUUAAGCACGUUUUCUCUUCUGUUCCUCCCUCUGAUUGGCUCAUGCAUCGUAGCAUCUCUCAGUAGCGCCCCCUGUCUGUCGACCACUCUCGUUCACUCUGCGUCGUCAUUCUACAACUCUACUGUGAAUAUAACUGUGUGGGGGGGGGUGAUAACAGUGGGGGGGGGGUUCAUGAAGGGUUAACAAUAGAAGAACGAUCUGGAACGCAACUAUCGCGAUAGGAGAGGGAUCACUGUAUACACAGAUGUUUUUGUUCUGAGCAGUUACUGUAAAGUUAGCGAGCGGCUAAUGGGUCGUAGCGGAGCCAACCUCCAACCAACCCAACCUCCGGUCUUUGCUAAGAGACGGUAGGAGCUAAACCCAGGGCUGGUGGACCAGGUGAGGGUUCUCAGACCAGACCAAAGGUCCAGCAGCUUCACUGCCCAGUCGGACUUUUUCAACCAGACUACGUGAGGUUGAUGUGAACGUGGUCUUGGAGAAGACCCUCAACCAUCAGCACACGCCGGAGGAACUCCCAUGAUCCUCUGCUCCGCCCUUGAGUUGGUGUCGCGAAGGCUCGGACUCUCGUCUCCACGGCCGACGGCCAAAGUGGGAAAUUCUAAAGAAAACAAAAAUCUUGGUAAAAACCUAGAAGACAAUCUGCCGCGGUGAGUUUAUCGGAGUAGCUAAAAUAACUUAGCAAUAUUGAUCGGAUAUGAAAUCAUUUCUUUAGAUAAAGGAUGCAAACGAAACAUUUGGGUAUAUGCAAUUUCUUAUAAAUGAUGCUAGCAAAGAGCUGCCGGAGGUUUUUAUGACCUCCAGUCGACUCUGAGUUUUUGUACAAACCUUUUACUACAAUCAUGUCGGAAUCUGACGCGGGUGAAAGGACUUUGGUUCUGCCAUGUUCCACUUUGCACAGGGACGCCUUUGUUUCCAUGUUUUGAUGUUUUUAUUG